UCUUUCCUUUUUCUUCUUCUUCUUCGCAUUGCAAAACGACGACGUUCACUUCACUUCUCCCUCUCUCUACGAUCGAGUUUCCAUACACUCUCUCUCCUCUCUCUCUCUCUCUAUCUCUCUCUCUCUAGAGAAACACCAUGAAAGCUCUGAUUAUUUAUCAUCUUUGCACACAUUGCUUAGAUAAAAGUACAUAUGAAGGAUCUUAACCCUGAUUUUUGCCUCUUUUGAUUUUGGAUUUUUUUUAUUUUUUUAUUUAUGUAAUAUAGUUUAAAUGUUUGUACUACGAAUUCAUGGAUUCGUCAUUGGAUUUUGAUUUUCUCGAGCAGCGGUGUCGGAUUUUGCAUUGGCCGAUGAUUUCUGUGCGGUUUUCGGAUGCGCGUAUGAUCUGAAGAUCAGCUUGUCCGAAUUUUAUAUUAUCAGGUACAAUUUCUUUUUUUAUUCACUUUCAAUUUCCGUUUGUGGGGUUUUCUAUUACUUUAUUGUUUGUUUCUGAAUUCUCGCAUUCUUUGUGAUUAAGAUCAAUCCGACGUCGUAUUAUAAGUUUCAAUUACAGGUAAGAACCGCACAAGUUGAAUAUAUUAUAUUGGCGGCGGGUUAACGGGUCGGGUCUUUUUGUUUCAUACAUUUUCCGAACAAGAAAAAUCAACCAAUGCUAAAGAUUCUGUUGUGACAUUAUGCGAUACAAUGUCAAUAAAACAACAUUGGCAUCUACUCUGUUGUUGCUCCUAAUAUCACUCCUCCUUUCAAUCUCGACCGCCGACGAAAACGGGCCCCGCUGCAACUGCGACGACGACGACGAAGAGGAUCGUUUCUUCAGCAUCGAGAAUAUCCUCGAAUGCCAAAGAAUCAGCGAUUUAUUGAUCGCGGCAGCGUACUUCUCAAUCCCAAUCGAGCUGCUCUACUUCGUGAGCUGCUCGAACGUUCCUUUCAAAUGGGUGCUUUUCGAGUUCAUCGCAUUCAUAGUACUCUGCGGAAUGACUCACUUGCUCAACGCGUGGACUUACGGGCCCCAUUCGUUCCAGCUCAUGCUUGCGCUCACCGUUUUCAAGUCGCUAACGGCUUUGGUUUCUUUCGCCACGGCUAUAACACUCGGAACGCUGAUCCCGUUAUUGCUCAAGGUGAAGGUGAGGGAGUUCAUGCUUAAGAAGAAGGCUUGUGAUCUCGAUCGAGAAGUAGGGCUUAUCAAGAAGCAGACGGAAGCCGGGUUGCACGUGCGUAUGCUUACGCAAGAGAUACGUAAAUCGCUCGAUCGACACACUAUUUUGCACACCACUUUGGUCGAGCUCUCGAAGACGCUCGGUUUGAUGAAUUGUGCGGUUUGGAUGCCGAGCGAGGGUAAAACCGAAGUGAAUCUAACCCACGAAUUGAAAAAUCUGAAUUCGUCGAGCGUUUAUAAUUUAAUUAAAAAAACCAUCCCGACUAAUGAUCCCGAUGUGAGAGAGAUUGAAAGAAGUGACAGGGUGAAGAUUCUUGAUUCCGAUUCUGCCCUUGCGGUUGCUAGCGGUGGUGGUGGUGGUGGUGGUUCUGUGGCGGCGAUUAGGAUGCCGAUCCUUCGUGUUUCGAAUUUCGAAGGUGGGGCCCACGAGAUGGUCCCCGAAUGCUACGCUAUACUCGUGUUGGUUAACGGACACGAUAGAAAUUGGAGCGAUCAAGAACUCGAGAUAGUGGAGGUGGUGGCCGACCAAGUCACAGUGGCUCUGUCGCACGUGUCGAUUCUCGAAGAAUCUCAACUCAUGAGAGAGAAACUCGCCGAUCAAAAUCAAGCCCUCCAACAAGCCAAAGAGGACGCAAUAAUGGCGAGUGGGGCCCGCAGUGCGUUUCAGAAGGGAAUGAGUAACGGGUUGAGAAAGCCCAUGCACUCGAUUAUCGGGUUGUUGUCGUUAUUACAAGAUGACGAGAACGUGAGUAGCGAGCAACAGCUUCUGGUCGACACAACGGUUAAGACAAGCAAUGUUCUCUCGACAUUAAUAACCAACAACGGAAGGCUAUUAUUCCCUUUGGAUAUAAAGUCUUUCCCGUUUCAUUCUACGCUACGAGAAGUUGCUUGCCUAUCAAAAUGCCUAUGUGGUUAUCGGGGUUACGAUUUCGCGGUUGAAGUCGAUAAGUCGUUGCCGGAUCGUGUGAGUGGAGACGAGAGGAGGGUAUUUCAGGUAAUUUUGCAUAUGGUUGGUAAUCUUUUGAACGGGGGCGAAGGGGGCGGCGGUUUUCUUGUGCUACGGGUUUCUUCCGGGGGUGGGAGCAAGGGGGGGUGGAACGAGCAAAGGUGGGGCCCGUGGAGAUCGAACUCGUCAUCCAACGGCUAUGCUUACGUCAGGGUUGAAGUUUGUGUUCGUCGUAGUGGUGGUUUUAAGGCGGAGGAGAUGCUUUCGAUUGUUCCGCAUGAGGAGAGCAUGAGCUUUAGUGCAUGCAAGAAGCUAGUUCAGUUAAUGCAUGGUCACAUUUGGGAAACAUCAAAUCCGGAGGGCUUCGACAAAAGCAUGGCUCUCGUACUCCGAUUUCAGAUCAGGCGAUCCAGUAUUAUAACCGGAAUAUCCUCCUCCGACCAACACGGGGAAUAUUCUUCUUCCGAUCAGCAUUCGUACUCAAUCUUGAGAGGCCUCAAAGUUAUUCUUGCCGACGCGAGCGAUGUGAAUAGAGCCGUCACUCGAAAACUGCUCGAGAAACUGGGGUGCGUUGUCGUGUGUGCAGUCUCGUCGGGAAACGAGUGCGUGGGCGUUCUAAUUAGUGGCGCCAAUCCCGUUAUUUCUUCGUGCGAGAUCGUGAUCGUCGAUCUCGACUUGCCCGAUUUGGACGGCUAUGAUGUGGCCGCGAGGAUUCGAAAGUAUCGGAGCGGUUCUGAUUGGCCGUUGACUGUGGCGUUGACCGCGAGUGGAGAUGGAGAGACGAGGGAGAGAUGUUUGCGGGUCGGAAUGAAUGGGUUUAUUGAAAAACCCGGUUCGUUUCGAGAUUUUGGCUGUGAGCUCAAGAGGGUCUUGAUGCAGGCAAAUAGACUAUUGCCCUGUUAAUUUGAAUAACAUUUACAAAGGCAAAUUUCAUACACAAACAAUAAAUCAAACAAUUAAUCAAAAUGGUAUAUAGAAAUUG